AUGGGUACAAAUAUUAUUCUGCAGCAGAAUUUUGAAGCGCUGAUGAUUACAAUGGUUUUGAUGUCGGUUGAGGUUGUGGCACCUCUGAAGAACCACCCAUCGUUCAGUUGGAACCUUCUGAACGUUCAACAUGCAUCUAAUCUCAAAUCACAUCCAUCUAAUCUCAAAUCACAUCCAUCUAAUCUUACUGCUACAUAUUUGUUCAACGCUCUACAAACUAACCAAAAUCUAACUGUUGCUUAUGCUGCAUCAACCGAUAACAAUUAUAACAAUACCAGUAUUAAUUUGCCAUAUUCAACAACUGCUGCUACCACUUCUUCUACUACUAAAACUCUUCUAACUAAUGCUAGUAUUACAUCUGAUUCAGUUACGUCUGUAACGUUCAACAACAGUAAUAUUAAGAGUUGUAAUAGUAGUGAUAGUCAAAAGAAUUAUGACAAUGAUGUUAUUAAUAAUAAUAAGUAUAGUAUUAGUAGUAGUAUUCUCAGACACAAAGGCAUGCAGUUGGAUGCAUUGAAUAACAUCUUCAUCGACCAGCAACAUCAUCGUCAUCCACCAACUCUACUAGCAACAUCAUUAUCAUCAUCAUCGUUAUCAUCACGGCGUCGUCUUGGUGACAGCAAGAUCAACAAUCCAUUUCCGGUUGAGUCUGGAAGCGGAAGUGGUCGGUACGUAGAUGGUGGAGAGAAGGAGUUGCUUUCGUUGCCAACUCAGCUAUCUUCGUCAUCAUCAUCGUCGUCAUCUUCGUUUUCAUCAUCAUCACUAUUGACAUCAUUAUCAUCAUCGUCGUCGUAUCCAGCAAGCGUUGAAACUACCUCAGACGCAAAUGAAAACAAUUUGAAUAUUUUUUCAAAAAAUAUUUCCGAGUUUUAUAACGACUCGUCGUCGUCAUCACUCCCACAAUCAUCAUCAUCGUCGUUAUCACGAUCAUCAAUAUCGCAGUCACCAUCAAAUCGUCAUCGUCGCUCUAUCAGUCGCAGGAACCUACGUAGCAACCACCACAACCACAACUUUGCCACUUCAAAACUUCAUCCGACGACAAACUCGCUUACGUCAUCAGCAACAACAGCAACAACAACAUCGUCAUCUUCGUCAUUUCCGAACUGCAAACCAAUGCCAAGUGUGGUUCUGUGGCAGAGAAUUGAUCCAGGACAGUUCCUCAACUACAUGCAGAAGCAGACGAACAUGCGUGCAGGUCUGAAGAAGAAGAAGAAGAUUAAUAAUAAUUAUAAUAUUUAUAAUAAUAAUAAUAAUUACAAUUAUAAUAAUAACGAUGAUGACGCUUUUGGUGGUAGAAGUGGGGAAAGGGACGAUGAAAGUGAGGACGGUGGUGUUAGUGAUGAUGCAGAUGUUGGCGGCGAGGGCGAGGGAGCUUUAAAACAUUCCAACAACAACAACAAUUUAUCUCCGGGAUCUCGUUUUAAACGGUCUUACGACGACGACGACGACAACUCUGAUGAGGGUGUCCACGAUGAGAAUGAUGACGUCACGAACACGUCAUCAGAUACAAUUGACGACGAUGACGAUGAAGGGGAUGAAAAGGAAAAUGACGAUGAUGAUGAUGGUGACGUAGAAGAUGACGUCACAACCGCAGCAAGACCAACUAACACAUUGAUGGCGAAAAUGGAGACAUCAUUUGUUAAUGAAGAUUCUAAUAAGAAUAACAACAAAAACAACAACAACAAUAAUAAUAAUAAUAAUAAUAACGAAGGCAGAUCUAGGACGACAGCAGCCGCAACAAUGGGGACGACAGAAGGAGAGAGGCGCGUUCGUUCGGCGAGGUCGACGCGUAGGAACGUCAACAGACCAACGACAGCGAAGCAUCGCAAGGAAAAAAUCAAACAGAAUAAAAGUAAGGACAGCAACUUCAAAAACCACAACCACCACCAGCACGACCCCUCCAACGUCAAACCACCAUGGCACUGCCACCUGGAGAAGCAGUGGGUCCCGAUGCCUCCGAACACCUACCCCCCCUACGUCAUGUCGGGCAGGUGUCUUCAGAAACAAUGCAUGGACGGAUUGUACGAGUGCAGAGCCAGAAAGUACGCCGUUAAUAUGAUGACGAAGAAUGUCGGCCACUGCAACCCGCUGCCCCUCAUCAGCAAGUUUGCAAACUCCAGCACGGUCUUCGAGCAGAGCUGGAGCUUCUCCCACUACAAAGCUGUCGUCGGCUGCGAGUGCUCGCAGAUCAAGAGAGCCGGAGUUUCGGCUUUAGUAGGAGGAGCUAAGAAAAAAGAUGUGACGUCAACGAUUUCGAUAGUGACGUCAUCGUCGACGUCUGUCACAGAGGCUGCAUCGUCGUCAAGAGAUGGUGCAAUGGCCACCAAUGCAGAAAAUGAAAACCAAUUGAAUGCACUCUCUACAACUAUUCACUCUACUGUUCAAUUUGUUUCAACAUUCAGACAUCAAAAUAUUGCUCUAUGGAUCUAA